AUGGAGAAAAAAAUAAAGUUAUACUUAUUUAUUAAAAUUGCUGUUUUUUUCCUUUUAACUUGGAAAUAUCAAUAUUGCAAUGAUUUGAGUAUAUUUACCGAAUACAUAGAAAUUGACUAUAAUGUUGAUACAAAAUUGGACAGAAGGUGUUAUCGUUUACUAGGAAAAUGUAAAAGAGAUAAUUAUUCAAAUAUUGUAGGGUUAACAGAAGAAAUAUCAAAUAAUGGAGCAUACAAAAGUAUAGAUCUAUAUAAUAAUGAAAAAGGAAACCCAGGAAAAAAGAAACAUAUUAAUGGUACAUCAAAGUAUGAAGAAGGCCACAAAGUAACUGUGAAAAAUAAAACGUGCAUAUUUGAAACAAAUAAAUAUUCCCAUUUAGAAAAAAUUAUAUUCAAAGAACUUGACUAUAUGGAUUUUCUUAAAAAAAACAGAACAAUUAGUGAGAAAGUUUACAAAAAAAUAAUAUGUAAGAAGUGUAGAUUACGCUUUGCUUUACCUUUAUUAUUGCUUUUGUUAUUAUUAAUAUCACUGAUAUUAGAUUUUACCUCUACUUUUGGCCCUUUACAUAUUUUGCUUAACGGAUUGAAAAAUUAUCUUAGUAAGGAUUUAUUUUAUAAUUUAAAUUCAACAUUGUGGCAUUCUCCAUUAAGGUGGAUAUCGUAUUCUAAAAGGACUGUUAAUAACGGAAAGAAAAUAAUGUCUGGUGUUUUAGGAAAUUUACUUGGUAUUAUAAUAUAUAUUUUGCCUUUAAUUUUAUUAGGUACCUCAAUUAUAUUUGGAAUUAUAUAUUACCAUAAAAAAGUUAAAAAAUUUGAAAAAAUUAAGUUUAGGAAAAGAUAA